GUAUGCACGAGUAUCCAAUGUGAAGAAUAACAAUGAUAAAGUAUCCGUAUAAAAAUCGCGCGUUUUGUAUACUGAUUUAUUUGGCACUGGUGCAAUCUGUGCUUAUGCAGAAGCUCACGAAGAACGUGUCGGAACAUCUCGACGAGUACUGGAUGUUGUUCAAGACACGGAAUAAUAAGACGUACACGGGGCGCGAGGAGCGUCAGCGGCGCAUCGCAUGGGAAAACAACCUGCUGAAGAUUUACGAGCACAACCUCUUGGCCGAGGCAGGCCAUCACAAUUAUACUCUCCGAGAUAAUACCUACGCAGAUCUCAACAGUCGCGACUAUAUCAAAGAACUGGUCAAGUUGGUGCCAAGUCGGCGUCGUCGAGUAAGCGACGAGGAAAUGGUUGCCUCCGUGUUACAAGAUCCGCGUCGCAUACCUCGCUCACUGGACUGGCGUGAAAAGGGCUUCGUUACCGAACCGGAGAAUCAAGAGGACUGCGGCAGUUGCUACGCCUACAGCAUAGCAGGCAGCCUAGCGGGCCAGAUUUUUCGUCAAACUGGCCUGGUCGUGCAGUUGAGCGAACAGCAGUUGGUAGACUGCAGUACGCAGACGGGCAACAUGGGUUGUACCGGCGGCUCGUUGAGAAAUACCUUGAGAUAUCUCGAAAAGUGUCGUGGAAUCAUGGCUGAUGCCUCGUAUCCUUACACAGGGGAGCAAGGUGCUUGUAAAUACCAGCGCAGCAUGAGCAUCGUAAACAUUACCUCAUGGGCUGUUUUGCCAGCGCGAGACGAGCUUUCCCUCGAAGCAGCUGUGGCUACCAUAGGACCGAUAGCCGCUUCCAUCAACGCGGGUCUUCAGUCUUUUCAGCUCUACCACUCCGGAGUAUACGAUGACCCAGCCUGUACGUCGAACGUUGUAAAUCACGCAAUGCUGAUUGUCGGUUACACGCCCGACGAGUGGAUCUUGAAGAAUUGGUGGGGCGAUACCUGGGGCGAAAACGGAUACAUGCGAUUGCGCAAAGGAGUCAAUCGCUGUGGAAUAGCUAAUUACGCAGCUUAUGCCAAAAUUUAAUAUUUUUCAUUCGACAAGUAUCAUCAUAUUUUUAUACUUUUUUUUACAACAAAGCCAGAAUUAUACACCAAAUUUUCUUCAGCAGUUUUCUCUAAUACCCUGUAAAUCUCA